GCAAAAUCUUGAGAAGCUUUUCUAAGCAUUUGAAAAAUGGCGAAGGCAGAUAAGAAACCAGCAGAGAAGAAACCGGCGGAGAAAAGUCCGGCAGAAACCGCGGCGGCGGCAGAGAAGAAACCAAAAGCCGGCAAGAAACUCCCCAAGGAACCAGCAGUCGCUGGAGACAAGAAGAAGAAGAGAUCCAAGAAGAACGUCGAGACCUACAAGAUCUACAUCUUCAAGGUGCUGAAACAAGUUCACCCAGAUAUCGGAAUCUCGAGCAAGGCCAUGGGGAUCAUGAACAGUUUCAUCAACGAUAUCUUCGAGAAGCUUGCUGGUGAGUCUUCGAAGCUUGCGAGGUACAACAAGAAGCCGACGAUUACUUCCCGGGAGAUUCAGACGGCGGUGAGACUUGUGUUGCCUGGAGAGUUGGCUAAGCACGCUGUUUCUGAAGGGACUAAGGCGGUGACCAAGUUUACAAGUUCUUAGAUUUGGCUUAUGUAAUGUGGGGAGGAGGAACUAGUAGUUAUCUGAAUAUGAAUUAGGAUUUUAUGCUUUUGGGUACUUUUAUGGAUAUGUAAUUUGGGAUUUUCUAGUUUCUAACUAUGGCAUUGUUAUGAAUUUCUACUUAUCUUUGCAAUGUUUUGUCUUCAAUUUCAAUUUUAAAGAACCAAUCUCUUAUAAGA